AUAUAUCUCAUCCUUAUCGUCCUCCGCUGCUUUAGUCAUACGCGAGCGAGUGAUGUUGCUCGGCAAAUAUAAAGAUGACGGCAUCGCCGUCGUAUGAAUAAGCCGCGGGAGGUGCGCGAUUACAAGUGUCGAUCGUCUCGCUUAUUCGUAUCGUCUCGAUCCGAGAUUUCUUUUUUUUCCCCUUCACUAUGGGGACAAGAUCGUACGUAUACAUGUAUAACUCUAGAAUGUUUGGCAGCUCAAGAUGGCUCGUUGUAUCGGGAAUAUUAGUAGCGGGCCUGUUGACUUCAUUCGCUCAGUCCAAUUAUCCUCCUCCAGAGAGAUUGACAGGCAUGAAUCCUUGUAUCAGUAAACAGACUUGCCAUGAAUGCAUACAGACUCCGCACUGUGCUUGGUGCGCAGCACCGAAAUUCCCUGAGAAAAGAUGCUUCCUUCCAAAUAUCAAUACCAAGAUAUUUGCGACGUGUCCUCUCAAUUAUACAUGGAAUCCUGACAAUGUCUUUAGCAUGUUGCGACAUCGUAAUUUGACAAAGGGUAGUGGUGGUGCAGGAGGAUAUAGCAGCAUCGAAGGCUCUUUCUCAUCUUCCAAUUCAUCUUCCAAUUCCUCCUCUGAUUUUCACGAGGAAAGUUCAAGCAGCGCUGGAAGUAGAAGACAGGAGGCCGUGCAAAUGUGGCCACAAGAGGUCGAUCUGAAACUUAGAAUAAACGAAGCUUAUAGAAUGUCUUUUGCUUACUCCCAAGCGGAGGAUUAUCCUGUUGAUCUCUACUACCUUAUGGAUUUGAGUAAAUCCAUGGAGGACGAUAAGAAGAAAUUAUCCGACUUGGGCCAAUUGUUGGUCGAGAGCAUGAGUAAAAUUACGAGCAAUUUUCGUUUAGGUUUUGGUAGCUUUGUUGACAAGGUAGUGAUGCCAUAUGUCAAUACUGUGCCUAAAUCUCUUAUCGAACCAUGCGACGGUUGUGCGGCGCCUUACGGAUAUAAAAACAUCAUGAGGCUAUCUCAGGAUACGAGCAAGUUUGCGGGAUUGGUUCGUAAUGCGUCUGUGUCUGGCAAUCUCGACGCACCAGAGGGUGGUUUUGAUGCGAUUAUGCAAGCAAUAGUUUGCCGUAAUCAAAUAGGCUGGCGCGAAAAGGCACGUCGGUUACUGGUAUUCUCGACUGACGCCGGUUUUCAUUAUGCGGGCGAUGGUAAAUUGGGUGGUAUCAUCAAGCCGAAUGAUGGUUUGUGCCAUUUAGAUUCCAGAGGCACGUACACUCACUCAUCCCUGCAGGAUUAUCCCAGCAUUUCACAAAUCAAUCUAAAAGUAAAGCAAAAUGCUAUAAAUGUUAUAUGGGCAGUCACCGAGGAACAGAUCAAUGUUUACAAGAGACUUACGAAGCACGUAGAGGGUUCCUUCGCCGGUAAACUAUCAGAUGACUCCAGCAAUGUCGUGGAACUGAUCCGCGAACAAUACGACGCUAUUUCAAGCUCGGUGGAGAUGAAGGACACAGCUAGCAGCGCGAUUAAAAUCAAAUACUUCUCGAGCUGUUUGGGUACUGGACCAGUGGUCGAGACAUCGAAAUGCGAUGGACUAAAAGUUGGCACGAAGGUGGAGUUUAUCGCGGAGAUUGAAGUCACUAGUUGUCCGGCCAACAGAUCGGAAUGGAAGCAAAAGUUUGACAUUUAUCCGGUUGGUAUAAAUGAGACUCUCACGGUUAAUCUGGAGAUGUUGUGCGAUUGUGAAUGCGAGCGUCAUGGUAACAUGUACGAGGAAAAAUCACCCGAGUGCAACGGCGUAGGCACGCUCAAGUGCGGCGUUUGCGAGUGCUACGAUGGAUUCUUUGGCAAGCGUUGUGAAUGCAGCCCGCAUCAAGAGCUCACUGGCUUUGACAAGCAUUUCCAAUUGUGCCGACCCGAUAACACUACUCUCGUGGAUUGUUCCGGUCGCGGCACAUGUGCCUGUGGUCAGUGCGAGUGCGAGGAACGAGAAAACCCGAAGGAGAUAAUAUCGGGACAUUUUUGCGAGUGCGAUAACUUCUCCUGCGACCGCGAUGAGGGUAAGCUCUGCUCCGAUCAUGGUACCUGCGAAUGCGGACAGUGCAUCUGUAACGCUGGUUGGAUCGGACAGUCUUGUAACUGCAGGUCCUCCAACGACUCCUGCAUCGCGCCGGGAACUACGAAUGGCGUACUCUGCUCAGGUCACGGCGAUUGUAUUUGUGGUGAAUGCAUCUGUCACGAAGAAGGCAACACUCGAUAUUCUGGCAAGCACUGUAACAAAUGUCCGACUUGCCCGAGCCGCUGCGAGGAACUAAAGCCGUGCGUGCAAUGUCAGAUGUAUAAUACCGGAAACUACAGCGAUCCGGAGGAGUGCGCGAAAAACUGCAAGGAAUUCGUGCCUGAAAGCGUGGAGACGGUGAUCGUCGACGUAGACAACGAUGAGGUGCCGUGCUUCGGCACGGAUGAAGACGACUGCAAAUACAAUUUCGUGUAUUACUACAACGAAACCAACUGCUUGCAAGUGCGCGCUCAGAAAGAACGCGAAUGCCCCCCGCAGGUCUAUAUGCUCGGGAUCGUGUUGGGCGUAAUCGCGGCGGUAGUCUUGGUCGGUCUAGCACUGCUGCUGCUAUGGAAACUGCUGACGACGAUACACGAUAGACGGGAGUUUGCCCGAUUUGAAAAGGAGAGGAUGAUGGCCAAGUGGGAUACGGGAGAGAAUCCAAUUUAUAAGCAGGCCACUUCCACGUUUAAGAAUCCAACUUAUGCCGGAAAAUAACGUGCUCUGAAAUGAGAAAAAGAAUAACGCAGAUCUUUUAAGAAGAAAUCGCAACGACACGACGCGACAGUUUGCGAACGGCGACUACGCGCUCAGUGCCUCGUCUCGAGUUCAGCAAGAUCUUGAGUAGCUACGUAAAGAGACGCGUAACUCUGAGCGGCAUAACAAGAUCUAGAUCUAACGUAUUUUAGCGUAUACAUAAUUAUUUAAAGGUAACUAAUAUUUAAAUACAAUAUAUACUCUAUUUUGUUGAGAUAUUUGUAAAGAACGACUAAAAAUACUGCCAUAUAACAUAGACUGCGUUAUGGACGCGCGUGCACACGCGUCAUUUGUUUACAAAAUUAUAACGUUAUACUUUAUCGUGAUCGUGGUUUAAGGAAAACAAGUUAGUUAGGCUAAUUUUAAUAUUCAAGUGCCUUUUAAUGUCACGACCGACGGUAUAUUUGCAAUCGACUCUUAGUUAUCUUUGCAUUUCUUACGCUAUACGUAUAGAGGUACAAAACUAAAGAGGUGUAAACUUAAUAUGCGAUAACAUAAUUUUGGAAUGGAUUUAAAGGACAAGUAAAAGGAUAAGUAAUAGGAGGAGAAUUCCUAUGUGAUUUAUUUUAUCGUUUCUCAAUGGCCGUAUCUUUUAUACGCAUUAGAUAUACAUUUAUUCUUUCGGGUCAGAAUUGAUUUUUAUCAUCGCUUGAAAGAUAAGCAAAACUAUAGAUAGAUUUCGAUAUUUUAUACUUUCUUUGAAAGCAACUAGAGUGAGUCAUAAGAUAUAUUCGAAUCAUUAGUUAACAAAACAUUUCAUGUGAGAUAUGAGAUGUAAAUAUAGUAAAUUAUAUCAGGAAUUUUAUUAGAAUGGCCAUAUAUCUGCAAUGACAAGAUAAAAUAACAUCAUAUAUUCUGGAUUUAUUCCUGAAAUAUAUCGCGUAUAUUAAGUUGUACAUCUUGUGUAUAAAUAGAAAAAAGCUCUUCCGGAUGAAAACGAAUAAGAUCUUAUAUAUAUAUAUCUUUUAGUGCAAUCUAUAUGAGGAUAAUUUCAUGCGAAAAAAAUUUGAAGAUGCAUUUAUCUGCGAUUCUUUUUUCGUAUAACGUAAUCAUUUUAUUGAUCGAUUAAAGCGCGGUCUUUUUUUAUUUUGUUUUCGCGCGAUUAAAGAGACUCGAAAGUGUUUAUAGGAAAUUUGUAUAAAUGUAUAAAGUACUGCCUGCGACCCGGAUAUAGAAAUAAGUUUUAUCUCCGUGUUUUUUUAACGGCGCGACGAUAAUUAAACUAUUAUGUCUCGUAUAUUAUUU